GCUUUCACAAGUCAAGAUUAGUCUUAAGAGCAUUUUGUCUCCCUUGGAAAGAACAGAACCAGGUUUUCUCCAUGUCUUCUGACCCAGAGAGUUGCCACCUCUGUAAGGAAUAUCUCCGGGACCCUGUGUCCAUCCCGUGCGGUCAUAUCUUCUGCUCCAUCUGCCUGAGGACAUACUGGGACCAUGCUGACCACACGGGCUCGUACCUCUGCCCUCAGUGCAGGGUCACUUACAACAAGAGGCCCACUCCAAGACGCAUGACAAGCUCCCACCAGGGUACCCUCCAACGCAGCUCGGAGUCCUUCCCACCUCCUCCUCCGUCGCCCGACUACAACUACGCAGGACCCCAGGAUGUGGGUUGUGACAUCUGCAUUGGCAAGAAGCACAAAGCCGUGAAGACCUGCCUGAUGUGUCUGGCCUCCUACUGCGAGAAGCACCUGAAACCUCACUAUGAGUCGGCCACUUUUAAAAGGCACAAGCUGGUGGAUGAAAUCGGCCACCUGGACAGGCAGAUCUGCCCGCAGCAUCAGAAGGGUCUGGAGCUGUUCUGCCGCACUGACCAGAUGUGCAUCUGUGUGCUGUGCACGGUGAAAGAACACAAGGGACACGACAUGGUUUCUGCAGAGCAGGAGAGAGCUGACGAACAGCAACGGCUAGGCUCCACCCAGGCGGAGAUCCAGGAGAAGAUUCAUGACCGUCUUAAGCAGAUGGAGGAGCUGAAACAAGCAGUGGACUCGCUCAAGAACUCAGCCCAGAGAGCCAUGCAGGAGUGCGAGAAGAUGUUCGGUGACAUGAUGCGCGCCAUUGAGAGGAUGCAGCAAGAGAUGGUGAAGCUGAUAUCCUCCAACAAGAGAGCAGCGCUCAGCAACGCUGAGGGCCACAUGGAGCGCCUGAGCCACGAGAUCGCUGACCUGAAGAGGAGAGACAAUGAGAUCACCCAGCUGUCCCGCACUGAAGACCACAUCCACUUCAUCCAGAGUUACCACAUGCUGAUAGCCCAGACAGAUGCUGAGGAGCUGCCUUCAGUAUCCGUCAACCCCUACUUCACUUUCGGCCCAGUAACCAAAGCCGUGUCCGAGAUGAAGCAGCACCUGAACGAAUUCAGCAAUGAUGAACUGGUGAAGGUUGCCAAGACGAUUAACAAAAUGACCUUCUGUGAACUGGACGAAUCCAAAAAGAGACGCUCCAUCAAAAAUGAAGAAGCAGCCAUCUACAAGUCUCCACCAACCCAGGAUCCUCAGUACAGAGAAGACUUCCUGAGACAUGCUUGCCCUCUCACUAUGGACCAGAACACAGCCUACAGACAGCUCUACUUGUCCCGCGGGAACAGGAAAGCCACCCUGAAGAGAGACCCCCAGUCCUACGGGGACAGCCCUGCCAGGUUUGACUCCUUGCCUCAGGUCCUGUGUAAGGAGCCUCUAUCCGGAGGCGCCUACUACUGGGAGGUGGACUGGAGCGGGGAGGGGGCUGCCAUGGGCGUCACCUACAAGGGCAUCAAGAGGACAGGCUACGGUGACAACUGCCGCAUCGGCUACAACCGUAAGUCCUGGAGCCUGUUCUGCUCUGACUCCAGCUACUCAGCCCGCCACAACAAGGACCAGAUCGAGAUCAAUGCGCCCUACUCCUCCCGCAUCGGGGUUUUCCUGGACCACGCCGGGGGCACGCUCUCCUUCUACUCUGUUGUAGGAGACACCAUGUCUCUCAUCCACCGCUUCAAUGUGGCCUUUAGUGAAGCUGUCUACCCAGGCUUCUGGGUCUGGUACGAGUCAGCCGUCAACAUCAUCCAGCUGUGAUUGGAUAACACCUGCCUGUGGUUGUUGUACAGCAAAUUACAGUCAAUAUUAGUACUCUCUGAUAUCAUUUUAUAUAUUUUUGUUUACAAUAGAUACAGUGUUUUUGACAUCAUAAAAUAUGUUUUUGAUCCGGGAAGAAGUUUUCUGUUGAAUGUGAAUAUUUUUUUAAUCAACAUGUGAAAAGCAAGAGGGUGUAGAAGGUGAAAAGGCAUUUAAAAUUGUAAGCUAUAUUUGAUUGACAGAUGCUAUAAUUUGAUUAUACUUAUUUUUUUCAAUAAACAUCUUACAUAUACUGUUA